CCGGAGGGAAGUUAAGUUGAAUAAAGUUUUGCGAAACUUUCACAAAUGUUUUAACGAUAAUUUAUUAAAAAGUUAAAUAAAACUAGUUUCUAAGUUUAGAAUUAAUGUGUAUCAAAAUGUUACAACUAUGGUUUCUGAUAUUGGCACUGAUUGCGCAAGAUUGCUCGUCGCAGGAUGACGAGGGCCCCUACCGCGGCAAGUUCAUCGGGAAACUUAACUCUUACCAUCAUCAGGUGUCUGGCGACGUAUAUGCAGUGGAUGAGUGGACGCUGCUGCUGGUGGACUUCAACUACGACGGGACGGGCGACGACACUUUCUUCUGGGCUGGAGAUUCCGGAAGGCCGGGUCCCCAAGGAUUCAUUGUGCCUGACCAGAAUGGCAAGACGAAUAUUCUGGAGCGGUAUUACAACGACGAGAUUCGACUGACGUUGCCAGAGGGCAAGCGCAUCUCGCGCAUCAAGUGGUUCGCCAUCUACGACAUCGGCACCCAGAAUGCCUUCGGUGACGUGUACGUUCCGGACGAGUUCGAGGCACCGGCGCCGAUGACGCUGGCGCCACUGGCGGCGCCGCCGCACGUGUCCAGCCAGCCCGUCAAGAUCCUGGACGCCAACACCAUCCUCAUCCCGGAGCUGCGCUACGACGGCAGCGGCGAGGAGGUGUACUUCUGGACGGGCGUGGGGCCGCAGCCCUCGUCGCGCGGACGCAAGCUGCCCGACGAGGACGGAUACCUGGAGCCGCUGCGCGCCUACGCCGGCGAGGACGUGCGCCUGCGGCUGCCGGGCGGGCUGGCGCUGGCGCAGCUGGACUGGCUGGCGCUGUACGACGUGGCGGCGCAGCGCGCGCUGGCCAGCGUGCUGCUGCCCGACGCGCUCAACGUGCCGCCCGCGCUCUCCAAGCUGCACCCCUUCAGGAGCUCGCUGCCGCGCUGCCGCCAGCUGCACCGCGACUUCCAGGUCUCGUGGGAGGUGUUCGGCAACCAGAUCACCGUGCAGCUCGCCGGCCAGAUCGGCGCGGACGACUACAUGGCGUUCGGCGUGUCGGGCGCGGCGGGGCGCGCGCAGAUGCUGGGCGCGGACGUGGCCGUGGCGCGCUUCGAUGCGCGGCUGCAGCGCGGCUUCGCCACCGACUACAACGUCACGGCGCUGGCGCCGUGCGUGCAGGUGCUGGGCGCGUGGCGCGGCGUGUGCCGCGACGACCUGCUGGGCGGCCUGGACUCCAACCAGGUGUUCUCGGCCAGCCGCGAGGCCGGCCUCACCGUCGUGACCUACCGCCGCGAGCUGCAGCCCGUGGAGUCCAUGGACCUGCCGUGGAGCACGGAGGCCAUCACGGACGUCGUGUGGGCGCUGGGCGCGCUGGACGCCGCCGGCGAGCCCACCUUCCACGCCGUCUUCCCGAGGCGCCGCGUGCCGCUGAACCUGACGGCCGCCGCGUCGCGCGACGACUGCUUCCCCUUCGCCGUCGCGUCGCGGGCGGCGCCGACGCCGUGGGAGACGGCCAAGCUGUUCGACCCGGCGCUGCGCGUCUUCCACUUCCGCCUGGGCCCC